AUGGUUACUCCCCAAGGAGAAUUUCGAGGUGCACAAGCGAAGAUAAACAUUUGGAAACCAGAAACUGAACUAGGGGAAUACAGUGCAGCGUCGAUUUCGGUUAUAGCGGAUGACGGUGCAGAAGCUGUUAGUGCUGGAUGGAGGGUCUACUCAGACAUUAUGGUGACAGUGAGCCAAGGUUCUUUGUGUCGUGGACAUUAUUUUCAGGCUGACCGUUUCCAAAAAAAAGGUUGUGAUGAUAUCAAGUGCCCAAAUUUUGUGCUGAUAUCCUCGACUAUUUCUAUUGGUGCCAUAUUCGAUCCAACAUCUAUUCUCAUGGGAAGCCAAUACGAUCCCACAUUCACUAUUUUUCAGAUAGCGAACACAAAGAAACAAGGACACCAUACUUCUACUGACAUGGGUAGUGGCCAAUUACCUUCAGAAGGAAAUUUUGGAGUGUCAAGUUUUUUCCAGCAAGUAACAGCAAUCGAUUUAAAUCAUAUAGCUAGAGCUUCCGGGAAGACGCCUCAGACAAAGACCGUUAUGACAUACGAGACAACCCCAAAUUGUUAUGGUGUGCAUGUUGAUGAUUACCGUGAGGAGUUAGGUUAUACUUUUUACUAUGGAGGCCCUGGUUAUAACAGUACUUGUCAGUAG